UUCUUGUAUCAGUUUAGCCUCCCUAAGGUUUAAAUUAUAUUCUCGUAUUCGAUUAUUUUAUAUAUUAGUGUAUAAAUCCACACGAAUUCUGAGAAAUAUUUUCUACAAAGGAUUAAGUUGUUACGAUUAUUACGAUAUUCUGCAUUAUUUAUCGUAAUAAAAGGAGUCAUUUUUUCAGGGUGUUUAUAUGAUAUGAAUGCAUGCAGUGAAGAGGAUUACCGCGUAAAUUAUCUGAAUGAUGUUUUCUAAACAACGAAUCUCCUCAAUGACAAUAAUGACACGAGAUGAAAAAACUGAUAUCAUUAUUGCAUCGUGACAGUAUCUGGUACUUUAAUAACUUUGUGCCAUAUAUGAUUGAAAUCAUCAAGUUUUGAACUUUUACGUUCAUUAGGUGGUUUUCUUUUCGUUAUUCUCUGUGUCACGAGGUUUUUGCGCAACUUAAUUUUCAUAAGAUUUAUACUGGAAAUUAAAAUGGAGAACAGGAAAAGUAAAAAACGUACAAGUAAAAAGAAUAAUAUGUUUGGUAAUUGGGUGAGUGAUGGGCAAUAUGAACAAAGUAAUAACACAAUGUCAAACAUGGAAUAUCCACAAGUUUUAUGGCAACCAGGAAUUCAAUCUCAUAUACCGAAUCAUAAUGGACAACGUUUAUUCGCAGCAAUGUCAGAUCCUAGUGUUUGUGGUUAUUCACCAAUGCCAAUGACAUAUACGAUGGAACCUGUAUCACUUCCAACUAUGUAUAGAUUAUAUCAACCAAUGCCUUAUGGUGUACAUAAUGUUCAUGGUAGACUGAAGCAAAAGUUUUAUCCCAAACCUCCAGUUAUUCCAAAUGGAUAUACUAGUCUGCAAGAGAAUAAAACUAGUUCUACAGUAUUGUCGUCUUAUCAGAAUGGAGAUUAUGCUAGUUUACCACCAGUAGCUAAUAAAAGUAAUGGAAUUAAUGAAGAUGAGAUAAGUUCAGAACAUAGGAGAUAUUCAGAUCCAGGUUUAGGACCUACAGAACCUCCUGUACAUAGUCAGGAUGAUGAUUCGGAUAGUGUUGAUAGCAGUAGCUCUAUUACAACUAUUGGUCGGAGUAACAAAUUAGUUUUAUCUCUCAUUGAACAGAUGGCAGAAUUGAAAAAAAGCAAUGGUCAACUUUUCAAAGAACUUAGUGAGGCUAAAUUCGAAUUAGAGACAAUGAAAUUAAAAUUUUCAGAAUAUAAACAUAGUUCUGAUUAUCAACCAGGAAUGUUGUCAGAUCUUAUUCGCGAGAUCAGGGAAGCGAAUAAAAUGUGCGAGGAAGGAUUAGUGAUAAAAGUACAAUCUAUGAUGGAGGAGAAACAUAAUCAAAGAUUAACAGAAAUAGAUAUAUUAAAGGGCCAAGUGUCGAAACUCAUAAAGGAGAAGGAGGAAACCGAACGACGAGUGUCUAAGUUGGAGAAAGAAGUAACUGCACUGAAGUCGAGCGUAAAAUACAUAUUCAAAGGACAAAAGGACACGUCGGAAGAGAAGAACAACUAUCCGAAUAGUUUGGAUACUAACAAAGCUUUCUUAGUACAUCCGACGGCACUAUGUCGUAAAAUGAGAGAAGAGAGGACUACUUCGACAUCGGGCAAAGGUGAAGUCGAUGGUUACGUCGAACGAAUGAAAAGCAAGUUUAUUAUUAAAAUACUCGGAAUGGGUGAUAACGCCGAAAUUAAAGGAGUAAUAUCACCCGAAGAUGCUGCCAAAGCGGAAAAAUUUAAAGAGGAAGCAAAUGAAUUUUUCAAAAUUCAAGCUUACGAUAAGGCGAUAGAAUUAUAUACCAAUGCCAUAAAAUUAAAUCCUAAUAUAGCAGUUUAUUAUGGGAAUAGAAGUUUUGCUUAUUUAAAGACAGAAUGUUUUGGAUAUGCACUCGUAGAUGCAUCCAAAGCUAUAAAGUUAGAUAAAAAUUAUGUAAAAGGAUAUUAUCGUAGAGCGGCAACUUAUAUGUCGCUGGGUAAAUUUAAAUUAGCUCUUAAGGAUUAUAAAACCGUAACUAGAGCAAUACCAAAUGAUAAAGAUGCAAUGGCGAAAUAUACAGAAUGUUGCAAGAUAUUAAAAAUGUUAGCUUUCGAAGAAGCUAUUUCUGUAGAAGAUAAUAAGAAAAAUAUAGCUGAUAUGAUUAAUUUAGAAGCAAUGGCUAUUGAGGAUGAAUAUGCAGGGCCAAAAUUAGAAGAUGGCAAAGUAACAUUAAAAUUCAUGCAGGAUUUAUUAGAUUGGUAUAAGAAACAAAAUAAAUUGCAUCGCAAAUAUGCCUAUCAAAUUUUAUUAGAUGUUAAAGCAUGGUUUAUGGCACAACCAAGUUUGGUUGAUAUUACCAUACCCGAAGAUAGUAAAUUUACAAUUUGUGGUGACAUACAUGGACAGUAUUAUGAUCUGUUAAACAUAUUUGAAUUAAAUGGACUACCAUCAGAAACUAAUCCCUAUUUAUUCAAUGGAGAUUUUGUAGACAGAGGUUCUUUUUCUGUAGAAUGUAUAUUUACAUUAUUUGGUUUUAAAUUAUUAUAUCCCAAUCAUUUUUUUAUGUCAAGAGGUAAUCAUGAAUCUGCUACUAUGAAUCAAAUGUAUGGAUUUGAUGGGGAAGUUAAAGCAAAAUACUCUGAUCUGAUGGCAGAUCUGUUUACAGAAGUAUACAAUUGGCUUCCUUUAGCACAUUGUCUUAAUAAAAGAGUACUUGUAAUGCAUGGUGGGCUGUUUUCAAGGGAUAAUGUAACUCUAGAAGAAAUUCAACAAAUUGAUAGAAACAGACAACCACCGGAUGAAGGUUUAAUGUGUGAAUUAUUGUGGUCUGAUCCACAACCGCAAAUGGGUAGGGCACCUAGUAAGAGAGGUGUGGGUGUACAAUUUGGCCCUGAUGUAACACAAAAUUUCCUUGCCUUAAAUAAUCUUGAUUAUGUUGUAAGAAGUCAUGAAGUUAAGAAUGAAGGUUAUGAAGUUGGACACGAUGGAAAAUGCAUUACUGUAUUUUCUGCUCCUAAUUAUUGUGACACUAUGGGUAAUCAAGGUGCCUUCAUCACGCUUAAUGGAAAAGACAUGAAACCAUACUUCACCUCAUACGAAGCAGUGCCUCAUCCAAAUGUAAGGCCAAUGAUAUAUGCUAACUCGUUACUAAAAUUCAUGUGCUAGUGGAACAACUUAGGUAUAUUAUUGAAAAAUAAAUAAAUAAUGAUAACUGAAUACGAGUAGCCCAAUCAAAGUGUGUAUAAUAUAUUUGAUACCGAAAAGAAGAUAAGAGCAACUUAUACUUCUCUGCAACAAUAACUAUUGUAUUCUUUUUAGGAGCUAGAUAAUUUUCUGUAUCAUAGUAUAUGUAAAGAAUGCAUAUUAUUGGUGGGUACAAAACUGAAAGAAGUUUGCUUGUUUAAUCAACUUGCAAACAUAUUUAUCAUGUUUUCUUGUCCAUGAUAAGAUCAACGCCUCAUUAUGCAUCAGCAAUUUUUGUUUGCUUAAAGCAAGAAGACGCAGGAGGAAUAUUUCUAUUUUGUACCCUUGAUGGAACCACCUUAUUCAUUAAAGAGAAAUAUAUUUGCGCACAAAUGAAAAAUAUGGUCUAAAAAAAUUUUGGAUAAAAAAAAAGAUUAUAUUAAAAUAUUUAUAUGUAAAAAGUCAAAUUCUAAAGACAGGACUCUUCUUAUUUAUUAGUUCAUUAAUUUAUUCUUUACUGGAUAAUGGUGGUUUCUUUUAUGAAACAAUGAAUAUUAUCAGAAAAAA